AAGUCAGUAAGAAGAAACAUGAGUUUUAUGCGUGCAACAAAUGUUCAUACAAAUGGUUAAGUGAGUACAUUAAUUAGAGCUGUGAUUUUCUUAGAGUUGUAGAUACUGAACCAGGAAGCUUCUCACAAAUAAAAAGUGCGGAGAAAAUAUUCUCAAAAGAAACUAAACAGCUAUGGUAGUUUUGUAAGUGAGCAGCUGUUCGUCCCAAGUGAUGUCUCAUGUGCUGGACUGGAUCAGGCCAUCAAGUGGCCAUAGUAAACUCAAUCAACUAGAUUACAUGGAUAAUGAAAGAGCCAAUGAUCACCGGCAGUUCAAUUAACCACUAACCCACUAGCAUCUCCAAGACAAAACUUCUCUUUUCAGCUGGGUACAGAUGCCAAAAUUUCAGAAUAACCAUCAGAAACUCUUUCGACUGACAUGUGGCGACAUGCAUGGCUCUGCCAAGAGUGGCCUAGUUAAACAAGUUCUGACAUUGGCUAAAUGGCAAAGCUGUCGUCACCGUCAGCACCCUGGAUAACACAUAAUGAGAACAUCAUUUACUAAUGCUGGGUAUGAUUGACCGGACCCGGUCCAAGCUAGUGACAGAAUCUUCAGGCCUUCAGCAUCCGUGUGCACUCUGGAUAACACCUGACGAGAACAUCAUUCACUAAUGCUGGGUAUAGUUGAUCUGGUCCUAGCUGGUGACUGAAUCUUCAGCAUCCGCGUGCAUAUAUGGACUAGCAUGACUCUUCAGCAGCUAACACUUCCCACUUCCUCAACAGUCUCUUAACAGACCAGCAGAGCAAGAAUGGCGAUGACACUGGUCGUGCUGCUGUUGCUACUGCCAGUAACUCGAGUCUCAGCUCAGGAGCAGCAGCAGCAGCAGCCGACGCAACAUGUUGUGCAGCCGGGCUGCCGUGAAAAGUGCGGCAACAUCACCAUCCCCUACCCCUUUGGCAUCGACGCGGGUUGCUUCCGCGACGAUGGCCGAGGUGGCUUCCAGCUUUUGUGUGAGGACACCCUACCAGUGCCACGGCUGACCGUGGCUGACUACGGCAUCCAGAUCACCGGCUUAUCCAUUAGCACCGGCGAGGCCCAGGCCUCCCUCAACGCAUCACGCCACUGCUACAACAGCAAUGGGAGCGUCAUCAGCCAUGGCGGCCCGGUAGCUGUACCACUCGUCAAGACCAACCUCCUCUUCUCGGCCACCAAGAACAGCCUCGUCGUGCUGGGCUGCCCCAACCUCGGCUACCUCAACGACGUUGCCGGCUACUACGUCAGUGGUUGCAUGGCCAUGUGCCAGCCACAGAAAUUCAAUGCGUCAGGGUCCUGCACAGGUGUCACCUGCUGCCAGAGCACGAUACCCGCCGGCGUCGACUACUACCAGCCGAGCCUGCUCGACAUGCCGAAGAACAAGGGAGACCCGAUCUUCUAUGGAAAGAGCACGACCUGCCGGUACGUGUUCUUGGUGGAGACGGAGUGGUUAAGUACCGGCUACACCGGCGAGAACUUCAACCGGACAGACGACUUCGCCGUGCCUGUCGUUCUCGACUGGGCAGUACGGAGCGUCAGGAACUGCAGAGCUGCUAAGCGCAACGAAACCAAGUACGCAUGCCGGAGCACGGUCAGCCAGUGCGUCAAUUCCAGAAACGGCGCUGGGUACCGGUGCAAGUGCUCCAAGGGGUAUGAGGGCAAUCCCUAUCUAGACGAUGGAUGCAAAGACAUCAAUGAGUGUGAACACGAAGAAAAAGACGCAUGCUACGGAGUCUGCAUAAAUACGCCGGGAAGCUACACUUGCGAGUGCCCUCCUGGGACUAGUGGAGAUGCCACAGCGAAGAAUGGCUGCCGGCCAAACGACAGUUUCACUUUAGUACUGAAAAUAGUUACAGGUGUCAGCCUUGGAGUGUUCUUGCCAUUUUUCAUGUUCUUCUGGCUCUACUUGGGGCUCCAGAAGAGGAAGCUUAUCAGAACAAAGCAGAAGUUCUUCGAGCUAAAUGGAGGCCUCUUCCUGCAGCAGCAGAUAAGUAACUACAAUGGCACCAGCAAAGGAACUGGUGGGUUCAAGAUCUUUUCCAAGGAAGAGCUGGAGAAAGCGACCAAAAACUUUGCAGCUGGCCGUGUUCUCGGCCAUGGAGGACACGGCAUUGUCUACAAGGGUGUCCUUGAGGACAAGACAGUGGUGGCGAUCAAAAAGUCAAAGAUGGAAGAGGCCCCGACCAAGGAAUUCGCAAGGGAGAUGUUCAUCCUCUCCCAGAUAAACCACAGAAAUGUCGUCAAGCUGCUUGGAUGCUGCCUUGAAGCCGAAGUGCCCAUGUUGGUCUACGAGUUCGUCUCAAACGGUACACUGUACCACUACAUACAUGGUGACAAGGGCAUCAACUCUGACAUAGCAUUUGGCACCUGUCUUCGGGUAGCGGUAGAGUCAGCCGAGGCACUGGCAUACAUGCAUUCUUCGGCCUCGCCGCCAAUCCUCCAUGGAGACAUCAAGACGGCAAACAUUCUGUUGGAUCACAAGCUCACGGCAAAAGUUUCAGAUUUCGGAGCAUCAAAAUUGGCACCAACUGAUGAGGCCAAAAUGGCAACGUUGGUGCAAGGAACUUGCGGUUACCUUGAUCCAGAAUACCUAAUGACAUGCCUGCUGACUGACAAGAGUGAUGUAUACAGCUUUGGUGUCGUGCUUUUGGAGGUUCUGACAAGGAAGAAGGCAUUGUACUUGGAAGGGCCGGGAGAAGAUAGAAGCCUCGUUUUAUGCUUCAUGACGGCAGUGAAGGUAGGUCAGCACCAAGAGCUUCUGGACAGACAAGUGAAGGAUGAGAUGAGAAUCGAAGUGCUUGAAGAGAUCAUGCACCUUGUGAUAAGAUGCUUAAACAUGAGUGGGGAGGAACGGCCGACAAUGAAGGAGGUUGCAGAGAAGCUGGAGAUGCUGAGGAGAUACCAGCACCAUCCGUGGGCUCAAGCGGAUGCAAAUCCGGAGGAGAAGCAGAGCUUGCUUGUUAUGAACCAACAGAAUGUGAAUUACAAGUUCACGCAGGAUUACAUCCUUGAUUUUUGAAGGAAGCAGUACAUUCAUCUUUAGCUCGUAAAUCAAAAUAUUUUGUAUCAUUAUUUUUGCACAUUCCCUUAUAUAUGAAUUCUUUUGGAUGUAAGAAAACAAACGCACAUAUGAUGGUGGCAGAAAAAUGAACACUGCAGAGAUCUAACCGCACAGGUUUCACAAUUCAGUGAAAUUUUAGAAAUGCUCCAGAUCAAUACUCCAAGUAUGUAACUAUGCACAUUAAUUAAAUUUAAAAACUAUGCUCAUUAAUUGGUUAAUUUUUUUAUCUUCAUUAAAAGACAUUUAAAACAAUAAAAGAACGGGAAUUUUGCAUUUGUUAAAUUCCAUCCUAAUUAUUCAUAAUAGAAUAAUAAUAAUACAAUGCAAGAUAUACACAACAAACAGAACAAGGAAAUCCAACAUCAUCGGUUUCAAGCCUAUAGCAUAUAG